AUGCAUGCCCAACAAAGCAGUGUUACCUGGCCGAGAGCACCUGCAGUGUCGCGCCAAGUUUUCAAAGUGGUCCCAGUGUUGGUGCGACGACACUUGUUGCACUUGACGCAUACGGCGGCAUAUUGCGACUGGUCACCGCAGGAGUGCUUGGUUUUUUGUAACCAUGAAUUGUGGCAUUUGCAUGAGCAGGGUCCCCGCAGGAUUACCCAUGGUAUGUACUUCAAAAUCAUUGUUCCUCCACCUCCCAAUCGCCAAUGGGAAAUCAGCCAUGCCAUUCGAGUUUUCCAUGAAGCCCUCAAUCUGUUCGACUCGCCCGAGGCCACCAGAAUUGCUGAGCACAUCCUGAAUGAAAAUCGGCCGUGGCCCCCGGAAGAAGUUCCCCCGCACAGGCAAUGCAAAGGGACAGAGAUUCAUCGAGAUAUCGAUGUCCCGAUGAUGUUUGCACCAGGGGUGCCGAUGAGGCGCUUGAGGCCUAGGCAUGAUGGUGAAGAGACGUGGUUCUGGGAGCUAGGCCAGCUCUUUGCAGAUCAAGCCGAAGUUGAGGAACCCAUCCACCUUGUCGUGGCCACCGAGGUCAGGAGUGUUGCACUGACACAUCAGUUCACCACAUGGGAACGCGAGGUCCAACGCGUCUGGAGGGAUGUAUGGGAUGAGCAGCUUUCACAUGAAUUGCAUGUCGUGAUCCCAACACCUCCGGAUUUAGAGCGUGGUAUUGCAGGCCACAUCCUAGUUGUUCAAGCACCCCAUGAGACUUGGGUCACAAGUUUGGUCACGAUCUACGACAGUUUUCUUGGACGUGCCAUGGAUUACAUGAUGCGAGUUGCGGUAACCACUGAUGAACGCAUCUACCUUGAGCAAGUCGUAUCUCAUUGUGGAUAUGAACUGGUUGAGGGCAGACUGAAUCCGAAUGUGCCCUGCAGAGCAUGGAUCGACGGACAUCCGUUGCAAUCCGGGCAUCCCUGGCCUGGCAGAUCAGGGCAUGAAAUCACCCUAAGAAUUGACCGACAGACAGUGAGAUUAGCGGAUGUGAUGCAUGAUGAACAUGCAUUGCUGCAGUUGCCACAUAACCUUGGUCUCACGCAAGGACGUACUCAGAUCAGUCUGGAGGAAUUGCUUCCUUCAGAUUUGCAUGACAGCAGCGAUUCUCUGCAGUCUCAGUAUGCCUCUGGAGUUGGACACACCAGCGGGAGUUUUGUUGUUCGUGUGCUCAACAUGCGAGAAGAAGACCGGUUGCCCACUUUUUUGGAAGUCGAGGCUUUGAAUGAUGCGAAUGUGAGUGCAGCAUUGACCAGUUGGCAUUGGGAUGAGGAUUGGUGUUUGGUUGAAGAUCUGGCGGUACUCAUCACACCACUCAUCAUUUAUGCAGAUGGCAGCUCCCUGCCAGAACAUCGACGGCGACCUCCACAACAAGUAGAAAUGGAGGGGCAGGGAGACACUUGGGCCUUCCUAGUCUUAGGACCAGAUGGCUAUAGUGGUAAACUUCAAUUUAUCAGAGACCAGAUGAGAGGCUUGCAUUUGAACUUUCUGGGCGUCCAGGAAUCCAGAACCGUGGAAACGUGCACGUGCACUGAUGAGGUGCUGCGAUUAGGUGAACUGUUUGCUCUUAUCGAUGCUAAUGCAGCAGCAGGACCCACGGACGGCAUCAGUGUUGGGCCUUUGGGAAUGGACACCACGAAGUCAACUGCUCUAUUUCGAUCUUUUCUGGCUGAAUGGGGACUGGCGCACUCCUUGGCUGUGGAGCUGGCCCAAUUCACUAAAGCCAAGAAGAGUUUCAUAACGGAUGCUAUCUGGAUCCUUCGUGAUGACAAACUCCACCAAAAGAGGAAAGUACAGGACAUUGGCAGACGCAUCAGGGCUGAGACUCUCCGUGCUGUCUUUGUUGCCUGGAGAACCAGGGACCAGCAGUGGCACACCGAGCACUUCGUGAUUUUUCACAGAUAUCAAGUUGCCCUCACAUGCUGGAAAUUGUUUCAUGGAGUUCAACUGCAUGUUACUGCCAAGGAUCUCAAGAAAAGACUGAAAGACGCACGCAAAAAAGCACUGGCAGUGGAUCUCACGAGCCUCUCUCCAGAGGCAGAGGCAUCAGAGGCGUUGAAAAUUGUCAAACAGCACAUAGGGCCGACCAACCCCAAGUUGCUGAAGAAACCAGUGCUACCUAUGCUCCAAAGCCUUGAGGGAGACCUCUGUGUGCACCCUGAACAAUUGAUUGACACAUGGGUCAGCUUCUUUGCGCAAAUGGAAGGUGGACAGAGAGUUACGAGCCAAGAGCUGUAUGAUAAAUGGAAACACCAUUCCGCCAGUUUCCUGCAAACUGAGAUCUGCAUUGGACCGGACGAUGUGCCAAGCUUGACUGACUUAGAGCAAGCCUUUCGCAGAGUCAAAAGCGGUAAAGCGCUGGGACAAGAUGGCAUUCCGCCUGAAAUUUGCAAAGCUUGCCCUGUUGUUCUAACCCGACAAUACUACAGUGUAUUGCUGAAAAUGCUCAUCCAUGGCCAAGAGUCUCUGCAUCACAAGGGUGGCACCCUUGUGCCUGCAUACAAAGGAAAAGGAUCCAGCAUGCUGCCGGCCUCGUAUCGGUCCUUACUCAUCAGCUCUCAUCUGGGCAAAGUUUUGCAUCGAACGAUUCGGCAACAUCAGGCGCAGAUCUAUGAGCAGUAUCUCUGUGCACAGCAGUUAGGAGGUAAGCGCAAAGUUCCAGUGAAUUUGGGUCUUCAUGAGGCCAGGGCAUUCCUCCGUAGCAAUCAGCUUCGUGGUAGAUCUGUUGCACUUCUCAUGCUUGAUCUAAAGGAAGCGUUUUAUCGUGUCCUUAGGCCUCUUGCCUUGGGUUGUGAAUGGACGGAUCAGCAAGUGGCCAGCAUUGCACACAGACUGUGUUUGCCUGAGAGUGCGUUGCAUGAUUUGUACAGACACCUCAGUGAACCCAGUGCCAUCGCAUGCGCAGACUUGCCUCCUCAUGUCCAGAGAUCCAUUAGAGCAUUGCACACUGACACAUUCUUCCAGGUGCCAGGACAAAAGGAUUUCUGCCACACAUCCAUCGGCUCGCGGCCGGGAGACUGUUUUGCAGAUGUAGUUUUCAGUUAUCUUUUCUCUCGUGUUCUCAAGGAGUUCCAAACCAAAGUCCGGGCGCAAGGUAUCCAUGAGAGCAUUGAAACCGCCAGCCAUUUUGACCCGUAUGGACUGGCGGAACACACAGGAGAGAUGCAGCAAUACCUUGGGCCAGUGUGGAUGGAUGACCUAUGUAUAGGUCUGACUGACAACACACCAGACCAGCUUAUCCACAAAGCUGGCACCACAGCCUCGAUCCUUUUGGAGACGUUAGAAGGCUUCGCCAUGUGCAAUCAAGCUCUAGUAUGUGAAGUGCAUGAGAAGAUCUUGUGUAAAUUUACUGAUGCGCAGCUGAUUCAGCGACCACCACCCAUGCGAGAACGAGAGGUGGCGGAUUUUGACACCGAAGUUUUUGCAGACUGCGCUGAGGUCCUGAUGGAACGUUGCACGCUUGCUGAAAGUGUUAGUGCCAUGAUUCAGCGCAUGAAAGGCAGGGUCAUCUCAUGGACGCGAUUCACGCAGAUGGUACAGACCUUUGAGAAUCAGGUGCAAGAGGAUGAUUUAAAGGCCUUUGGAUUGACUCAUUCUCAAUGUUUGCAGUUUUGCCAAGAAAUCAUUGAUACCAAACAUUGGCCAUUCAUGCAUCGCUUAUCUGCAGAGCUGCCAUCUGCAGAGGUCACCAGUGCCGAUCUGGGUUGGCAAUGUGCCAACAGUGAGAUUUUGGAUGAAGUUGGGCCUAUUGCUCAUCCACAGAGCUUUGGAACCCAUAGAUACAUUUUGCAUGCCUUUUCCGGCAGAAGGCGUCAAGGAGACUUUCAGUUUUUUCUGGAUAGUCUCAUUGGUGAUAGACCGGGGAUCGUGGUGCAUACUCUUUCAGUAGAUAUCAUCCUGGAUGAGCGUUGGGGCAAUGUGGCGGAUCCGGAAGUGCAAAGCUUUUGGUGUCAUGCUGUGCGGCAGAAAUGGGUCCUAGGUUUUCUAGGGGGUCCACCCUGCGAGACCUGGAGCAGAGCCCGGGAACAUGCCCUGGAUGAUCCAAAGGGGCGCAAUACAGGGCCCAGAGUGGUGCGGACGGGACACUGUCCAUGGGGCCUGUCCAGCCUAUCUCUUCGUGAGAUUCGACAGGUCUUCAUGGGCAACCAAUUGAUGCUCUUUUCUAUCACCAUCAUGGUUGAACUGUAUUUCACUGGAGGAUGUGGAGCCAUGGAACAUCCGGCCGCCCCCAAGAAGGAGGAAUCGGCGACAAUAUGGCGGACACCCUUACUGGAACUGCUGCUCUCCUUUGAGGCUUUUCAAUUGGUAGAGUUUAUGCAAGGACUGUUAGGUGCCAUCACAGCAAAGCCGACUAUGAUCCUCGCACUGAGGCUUCCAUGCUUGGCUCAGCAGAUUUGCCGGUGGAGGAUUGUAGAUGAAGUGCCCAAAGGGGCCAGCUUGGGACGGGGAAGUGACGGGAACUUCAAGACAAUGAUCUUGAAAGAGUACCCCCCCGCUCUCUGCGGGGCAUUAGCCUCCGCUUUCAUGCAUGAGCUCGAUGCUUUUCCCAUUGACAUCGAGGUACAGGUGCCCCCAUCAUUUCGAGCCGCUUGUGUUAACAUGCAGGUGCAGACGUAUGGCACAGAAUUAGGGCCAGAUUUCAUGGGUGGCAAGGUUUGA